UCAUUAAUAUGUGUUUUAAUUCCACCAAAUACAUCUGAUAUACAGCUUUUUCGCAAUUUUAUUGUCUGCAAGAUACAUUUAAUUAUGACAAUGACACAGGGGAACUCACUGACAGUGUUCUCUCACGCUUCGCAUAUCGCAUCCACUUACAGACGCGUUCUCUAUCUGUAUUUAUCUCUAUGGUUCAAUCAAUCUGCGUUCGUGUGAAAUGACAGUAGUGACCAGCGGGUAGUGACAGUACGAUUUUGACAUAUGCGUGUAUGUUGUGUGAUGUGUAUUUUUAAAUUACAGAAAACAAAUUUUGAAAAAUGAAUAUUCCAACUCAAAAUCCCAUAAGGCUAAAAGUCAUCGAACGACUUAAUAAAGAAUUGGGUAAAGACAUAAAAAAUUUGAAUAAAAUUGAUGUAAUAAAAACACAACUUAUAAACGAAAAAGAAACAGCGUUAAAAAAGAUAGACUUAGAAAAUGUUGAAGCACAUACAAUUAUAAAAGAUGCAAUAAAUAAAUUAAAUAAAGAUAUUGAAAGUAUCGAUAAAAUAAAUCGAGAAUUUGAAACGUAUUCAACAAAUGCAAUCCAAUAUUUGGGCACAACCAAUGACAUUGUUAAACAUUUACAAGAUUAUGUUAAUAAGAUUAAAAGUUUAGAAAUUAUUAUCGAAUAUUUUAAUAUAUCGAAAAAAAUUCAAAAUAUUAGUAAUGAGUUGUAUCAAUCGAUUAUUGAACAUGAUGAUGAAUUAAGUGUUACACUGUAUGCAAAUUUAUGUGAGAUUCAAUUGAAUUUACGUGCAUGUCCUGCAACGCAUUUGUUAAUUUAUUUAAAGGAUGUUAUACAUCAUUGGCAUAAUUAUUUAAAAGAUAAAUUUUCUGUUGUAUUUGAUGAGAUAUUAAAACAAAUUAAAUGGCCAUUUGUAAAUACAAAUUUAACAUCACCAAUAUUGAAUUCAAAUAAUGAAUCAAUAAUAAAAUUACAAACAUAUUGUGAAUAUUUAUUACAAAUACAAUUACCACCACCAAACGAACAGCUACAAGAAGUUCCAUCAACAUAUACCAUCUGUUUACCAAUACAAUUAUUGAUACGUCCAUUAAAAAAACGUUUUCAAUAUCAUUUCUAUGGUAACAAACAAACAAAUCGUUCCGAUAAACCUGAAUGGUAUAUGACACAGAUAUUAACUUGGAUCCGUGAUCAUCAACAAUUUAUACAAAAUAUUAUACAACCGGUUAUUAAUCGUUUGGCUAUGCAUCAUAUUAAUGCAAGGAUCGAGUUUAUGAAAGGUUUAAUACAAAUUUGUAUCGAUAAAUUGGAUAAUGAAUUACCAACAUUAGCCUAUGAUGAUGCCUUAUUUUCACAUUGUGUGGAUGAAACAUUAGGAAUGGAUCGUGAAUUACGUACUGUUUAUAAUUUACCUAUCAGUCAAUCAGGCUGUUUGACGCCGUUAACCAAUCCUGUUAUUCUACAAAAAUGGUUAAAUAUGGAGAAAAAAUAUGCUUUAGAAAAAAUGGAUUCAAUAUUUACCUCAUCAACAGCUUUACAAAACAUCAUACUAAACGAUGACGAUGAUAAUGAUAAUGUAGAUAAUAUCAAAAUAACAGAAUGUGGUAACACUUUUAUCACGUUAUUAAAAACAAUGAGUGAACGAUAUCAAUCGCUGCCACAACCAGGUCAUCGUUUACAAUUUUUAGAUUUACAAUUGGAUUUGUUAGAUGAUUUUCGUAUACGAUUGUUACAAUUAUCACAUCCGGAUAAUACUCUUACAUCUAGUAGCACAACACCAGGUAUUACUGGUGGUCCAUUAUCAUUAUCAUUUACAUCACGUAUUAGUUAUAUAUUAAAUACAAUUUCGUAUAUUAUUGAUACGUUAAUUGAAUGGAGUGAAACAAUUCAUUUUAUAAAUUUACAUUACUUUAAAAGUCAAUUUAUAAAACAACACGGUCAUACAGACUCAGAAUUAUCAAGAAACGAAGAUGAACCCAAGGAAACAGAUUCGGUGUUCGAUGAAACAAUUUCAUUAUAUACACAUAUGAAAAACGAUUUAAUAUCAAUGUUAACGGAAACCGUUGUGCUGGAUGUAAAAGCACGAAGUCGUUCAUAUCGACACGAUACAUGGAAUACAAUGCAAUAUAUUAACGAUGAUCGUUCAUUAUCGUUAACAACGAGCGGUUGUCCCAUGUAUCAAAUAUUAGCAACACGUUUACAUGAAUUAAAUGAAUUAUUAACAAUACAAAUAUUUACAUCUGUUUGGAAAUUAAUUGCAAAACAAAUUAAUUUAUUUUUAUAUGAUGAAUUAAUAUUAGAAAAUUUUUUUAAUGAUGGCGGUGCUAAACAAUUACAUUAUGAUAUUAUGAAGAAUUUGUUACCAUUGUUUGCACAGUUUACAAAUAAACCUCAAAUUUAUUUUAAAACAGUAAUUGAAGCAUGUACAUUAUUGGUUUUAUCAAAAAGUACAGCGAUUUUGUUAAUGGAUACAUUAGAUAAUGAAUCAAUACAAACACAAAAGGAUGCCUUACAGGAACUAGGAGUACGUAAAUUAAAUACAGAGGAUGCUAUUAAUAUAUUAAAGUUAAGGAGUGAUUUACGAGAAGUCAUUUAUAGACAUUAUUAAUUUUAAUAACUUUUUAUUUUACAAAAUAUACAAAAUUUAUUUGUUUUACACUAUUCUCACGUAUUUAUUUCUUGUUAUUGUUAUAUCUAUGUCACAGCCAACUUCUACUUGUUCUAACUUAUUAGCCGUUCAAUUAACAACCUAGCCUUUUUAUUAAACGGCCAACCAUUCAAACUGCUGGGCUAAUAACUUGGAUCGAUAAAGUUUAACUACUUGCCUAUUCUAGUCAUUAUACUAUGUAUAUAUGAAAUAUAUGAUAGUAUAUUAAGUUUAGUCCCAAGUUUGUAACGCUUAAAAAUAUUGAUGCUACGAACCAAAUUUUGGUAUAGGCGUUC